CAGUUUUAAUGCAUGCCAGAUCUGAUAAGUUGUCUGCAUGGCAUAGGUUAACAACAAUUGUAACCAUUAAGGGACAUACAGAUGAUUCAGCUAUCACAAGACUUAACCGCAUGGGAUUAACCUUGUCUGUCUCAACAAAACUCCGCUUACUUGAUGAAGCCGGUGCUAUGAUGGACACUGCUAUUGUCAGUAAGCUACAAACUAACCCACUGUUCAAAGUAACUGGUGACAAUUUGGACAUUUACAUCAGAACUGGCCACAAGUCCUUGGAGAAGUCAAAUACAGAUCUUCAUCUGUUUGCGUCAAAUGCUAUCUUUAGUCGAGUAGCCAAACCGGGUGUUUUCAAUACUGCGAGAGUUAGCCGUCCACUACAUACUCUAUACCCAUAUAUGUUCUUCUUAUCUGGACACUACAGACAGACAAUGGUUAACAGUUACUGUGUGGUGUUAGGGAGAAUUCUUGCAGAACUGAAGGAGUUCUCUUGGAUGAAAAGUGUUCUGCCUGCUCACAUUUAUCAUCCAUAUCAAGUACAGAUGAGUCAGAAGUCAGAAGUGUUCCAGCUGCCAAUAUUGAUGAAGAAUGUGGCAAAACAUGAAGAUUGCGUUGAUAUUUUGGAUGGAUAUGAAACCUUUAUAAGUGAUUUGUUUGUUACAGCUUUUGGUUCUGAGGACACCCUGCAUAAAUACAGAGUACCUGUAGGUGGAGACCAAUUGACCAGAGUAAGACUCGAAGAAGCCAAAAACCUUCGAACUUUGGCAACUACUCCCAAGAAGCGAUUUGAAGAUCUUCAUCCAUUUGUCAUAGAGCUAUGGCAUACUAAACAAGAUUUUCUUGAGAAAUGCUACAAGGAGCUUUAUAGUACCAAAACCCUCCGUCAGCCUGGAACCCUGUAUCAUUAUAAAUCAAAGUUACAGCGUACAGAUGUCAACGGCAAAGUCAAAGGGGCCUUUAAGUCCCACCAUGAUUUCAUAAUGUUAGUCGGGAAAAGAAUGGUCACAGAGCAGUUCAUAGAAUAUUUUGGAAUGGAGAAUUCUUCAUCUGCGCCAACUAAGAAUGUCCCCAUAAUCAAGAAGUCCGUCUGUGAACGAAGAGUUCAAAUGCACGAGAUAUUGGAAAAAUUUAUGGACCACUAUGGUUAUUUGAAGGAUUCCUGUGAUUUAAGGAAAUCGUGCGAUGAAACAGACAGUGUGUAUAACUACAGUUCUAACUUAUGCCACUGGGUAGUAAAUUUGCUCAAUAUGGAUGACAUUGCUAAGGAAGAAGACAUGGUCCGUCUAGUACCAAGCCUAAUGUUCUCACUACAGUUCUUCUUCUCACACUCAAGACUCUCCAAAUACUUUGAAGAAUGUGUUGACUUUAUACUGAAGUGUGAGUACAUGUUAAGCCCAAUGGACAGAAUACGGGUGCUGGAAGGAGCAUUUACCAACUUAAGAGGGGGUAUUGGAUGCAAUAUCGAAAGUGAUCUUGUUCAAGAGAACUCUGUAAGAAACCAAAAGGACUUGAUUCGAUCUCUGGGUGCCAACAAAACAGACAAGGCCAUAAUGCGUUGUACAAAGGCAGCAGAUAUUGUAGUUGAUAUAUGUGAUAAAAUUGACUCCUCUGUUGCCCUAAAAAAAACAUCCAGUAGACAUCACACACCAAGAGCUGCCAAAGAUGAAGAACUUAUCGCCAAGUCCCUGAGAGAACUUAGACCAUUCAGUAAUAUUUCUGGUAGAACUUGCCAGGGUCUUCCAAAUAUACUCAGUUCUCCGUUAAAAAAAAUUGACCAAAAAGAUUUGAAGCAUAGAAUGAAUCAAGUCAUUGAAAGACUGUUUUAUGGCCAAACUGGAAAUGUUGAUAAUGCGCUUGAGGGAGACGACUAAGGCCAAAAGCGUGAUUGUUUUUAGUCUGCCAUUAUGCAUUUCACCUUUCCCACAUUGACAUGUGUUUGAAUGCAUCUAUGACCAUUGCAGUUCCAGGUCAGCCUGCACAUUUGUGAAGUCUGAUCAGGAUCUCCACUGUUCAUUUUUACUGUAAGAUUCUUUGAAGCUCACCCAAGGGCUAAACAGUUUCCAAAAGGGGGCUUUAAUUGAAACAAAUUUUUGUCUAAAUCCAAAAAUCAUUGGAAAUAGAUUUUAUGUAGCUGAGUCUGCAAUUUUCAUGGAAUUUUGUUUUGAUUUAUGCUUCCGAAGGAGCAAACUUCUCCUGAUAUUCAAACAUUGAAGUAUUAAAUUAAAAUGACUACUCAUUAGUUCAGCUCUGAUGAGAUAUUUUUUACCAUAUUAAAGUACCUUGGGGUGGGACAUUAUUAAAGGAGGGACGUUUAUUAGGAAUUUUAUUGGUGUAUUCAUAGAAGAAUCUCUGACUGUCAGUAAAGCGAAACGUUGAGAUCCAGAUCAGAAUAGAAAGAUGUGCAGGCUGAUCUGGAUCUGCACUGGUGGCAAAUGCAUUUUAAGAUCCUGUAACACAAUUUUUUUAUGAUUUUAUAUCAUAAAUAUAAUGCCCAAAUUAAGAUUUAUCAAUUUUGUAUGUUCCGAAAAGCAUUAUUUGUAAAGAUAUUACCGAAUUUAACAGUUCGUGUAAAUGAAGGGAGGUAAUUAGAAAUUUAUUUUCUAUAAAUUCCAAGUAAGUUUUCAAAUAAAAAUUGAGUGCAUAUAUUUUAAUGAUUACAUAUGUGCAGAUAUAUUUGCGGUACAUAUUUUUACAUAUUAUUUGAUUUUGAAAAAAAAUUUAUUAUCAUAAUAAUGUGCAUAUAUAUAUAAUUUUACUUAAAGUGUGGUAUACAAUCUCAGUUACAACAUACAGGAUCAAGAAGGAUGCAUUUGGGAAAGGGUUAAAUUAAACCCAGAUUGUUUCAAAACUUAAAGAUAAACUAUGCUCAUCUUUGAGAAAAAUAUUUUUAACACAGAAAUUUAUUGAUGUCUAUGAAAUUUUUAUUGAAUAUGUCUAAUUUGAAUAAAAGAAUGAAUAAACUAUAUUUAGUAAGAUACAUUCACAAUUAUCAACCAUUUAAAGUUGGUAAUUUCUUUAAAAAAACUGCCAGUUUUUUUAAUGACAUAUUGUGACCACCGUUAGUGUGUUGAAUUUAAAACAUAACAUAUCUACUUUGUGUGAAACCAAAACAUGUUUAUUCUAUAUUUACAAAGAGACUGUAUAUCAAUUCUUAAUAUUUUUGAGCAUAGUAUAUCUUUAAGGUCCAAUGCUAAGGAAAGUGAAAAUUUGAAUUGCUUUUAAAAAGCGAAGAAACUAUUUAAUUUUAUUGGUAUUAAAGUGAAAGGUGGUAAAAAAUACUAUGUAGAAAUUCAAAAUAAAUCACCAUAAAUCUCUUAAUUAUUUUUCUAUGAGUAAAUAAGACCUCGGUAUCUCUUGGUCAGUUCACUAAAAUUUAAACAGAAAACAUACAUGUACAUUUAGAAGGGUAAGGGUAGAAUAAUUAAUUUCACAUGUAACAUGGUGAUUUUCCAGUGUGAAUACAAGUCAGAACCAUGGGAAUAUGUAUGUGAAGGUCACACUUUGGUAUGUUGUUUGAAAAACAUAUUUGUUAAAACUACUGCUUUACAGAUUUUGUUUAACUAAUUAUUGGUUCUACUUUUAAGCAGUAAAUUUUGAAGAGUUAACAUUUAUUAAUUCAAAUCUGUUACCUUGCAGUUUGUAUAUACAAGGAAUGAACAGAAUUAUUGUAAAAAUGUUCACUUUUAUAAAAUUAUAAACUUGCAAUCAUAUGCAACAACUAGUAAAAGAUACAUAAAGUUCA